UAUCUAUUGUUAUUUGUAAAUUUUUUUUCGUCAUUUCUCCAUUUUGUCGGAUAACCGAUAACUGAACCGAAACAACCGGUAAAUUUUCGGUUUGAAACCGAACCGAACCGUAGUUUUCGGUUUUAAUAUUGGUCGAACCGAAAAUUCGGUUCGGUUCGGUUCGGUUUUAACCGAUUGUGCAGCCCUACUGGCCGUACGUUUGGCAGAAAGAAACACGACGUAGGACGUACCCCAUUCCGUAUUGUCAGAUUAAGCUAACGAAACACAGUGAUCGAUAUAGGCCGUCCGAUAUACUCUGAACUGUCGAUCUUUCGAGUAUACGCGAGAUCCUCCGACUUGGCUAAAUUUUAUCGUCUCUCGUAGGAGAAAGAGAGAGAGCGGUUGGUUGAAGUAAGAGGUACAUGUUAUAGCAUCAUGGGAUGGUACAGAAGAUCUUCAAGGUUCAUAUACGAUGCUUUUCAUAGCUGCAAACCAAACACUCUUAUACCCAGAAACCCUAUUCAACAAUCGAUUUCAAGAGCAAAUUUGCACAGUUUUGCUUCUAGACCAGGUUCGAGCAGUUCGAAAAUCUCUGAGUUUUCCCAAUCAAUCUUCAGAAACACAUUUUUGCAGAAUGGGCUCAAACAAAACCCUUUUCUUGGUGGCGCAAAGAGGUUUUACUAUGUGGAUAGGAAACAGGUUUACCACUUUAAGCCCAGAGGGUACAAACGAUGGAUUGAAAAUCCAAGAAAUGUAUUUGCAGUCAUUUUGCUUGGUUCCGGGGUUGUAAUUACUGUUUACUUUGGGAAUCUAGAGACUGUACCCUACACCAAAAGAACCCAUUUUGUUCUUCUAUCAAGUUCCCUAGAAAGAGAUUUGGGCGAUAAUCAGUUCAAGCAGUUGAAAAACCAGUUCAAAGGGAAAAUACUGCCCCCUCUCCAUCCUGAGAGUAUUAGGAUUCAGAGUAUAUCACAGGAUAUAAUUGAGGCCCUACAAAAAGGAUUGAGCAAAGAGCAAGUUUGGAGUGAUAUUAGAUAUUCGCCCGAGAGCGUGGCUUUGUCUCAUGAGGGCUAUGGGCACGAAAGUGUGAAGGCAUUGAGUGAUAAAAUGGUGGAUGAGGAAAAAUGGCAGGGGGAGGACAAGUGGCAGAAGGAGGAUGAGGUUCUUGAUGAUCAGUGGGUUCUGCAGAGUAGGAAAAAAGGCCAUGAGAAGGGCAUGAAAUCUCAGACAGCUCAUUUGGAGGGACUUAAAUGGGAGGUUAUCGUGGUUGACGAGCCUAUGGUUAAUGCAUUUUGUUUGCCUGGUGGGAAGAUUGUUGUUUUCACUGGGUUGCUUAAGCAUUUUAGGGCGGAUGCUGAGGUUGCAACAGUUAUCGGGCAUGAGGUACGAGUGAAUUUUUCAUUUAUGUAUUUCUGCAUGGGUGCAGCACACACAACACACACGUUGAUGAUUUAUAAGAGAGAAAUGGAAGUUUACGGGCAUGUUGAGUAUUUUAUUUGUAGACUUAGGAUGGAGAUGGAGGCCGAUUACAUAGGGCUACUUUUGAUUGCCUCGGCUGGAUAUGAUCCUCGAGUGGCCCCACAAGUGUAUGAGAAAUUGGGACGAGUAGCUGGCGAGUCGGCUUUGCAAGAUUAUCUUGCCACUCAUCCUUCAGGGAAAAAGAGGGCUCAAGUGCUUGCCCAAGCUAAAGUCAUGGAGGAGGCACUUUCCAUAUAUAGAGAAGUACAGGCGGGACGUGGGGUCGAGGAAAAUGAAAUGGCUGUUGAAAUGGUUUUGCUUUUGAGAAAAUUACCUCCUACACCAGAUGCUCUAACAUAUGGCACCGUACUUCCCGAAUAUGUUGUAUAUCUCCUCGCUCGUUAUGUUGAACGACAGGUUACGGACGCACAGUACACGGUUGACCUCUGGCGGGAGGCGAGUGUUUCUCUUGCGGAGGCUGAGUGCGGCCAUUGA